AUGGCUGUCAUUUACCCCCGAGACACCUGCUACGGUUAUAAUGGCUGCUAUUCCACCUGGGACUCCUGGGGCCGCUGGGUAGCAUUUGCAGUCAUCGUCGGUGUUGCAUUCCUUCUCUUCUUCAGUUUCGCAUGCUUCAAUGCACGUCGCCGCAGAACUCAUGGCCAGCGCCCUAUAACCGGCACAGGGUGGAUGGCUCCUCCCCCGGGACCUCCUCCGCCAAACCAGCCCAUCUACCAGCCACCCUACGGCGACCCCUACUACCAACACAAUUCGCCUCCACAAUACAGCGCGAACCCCCAGAACUACGGCUACUUUGGCGCUCAGAACGGACCACCACAAGAGCAUGGAAUCGAGAUGCAGCCUCCACCACAUGCGUACAAUGCUGGCCAACAGCCCUACCCGCCCCCUCCUGGCCCGCCCCCAAAUGCGAGCAAGGUCUAG